AAUGGUCAAAAUGAGGGAAAUGAUAAAGAUGGAAAUUAUAAGAAUUCCUUUCAUCCUCUUCUGCAGAAAACAAUGCACUAUUAUUUAACAGACAGUCGAUGUUAAAAUGGAAAGAUUUGAGAUGAAAGAAGAUACUCCCUCAACUGUAGAAGAUACAUGUAUUGUAUAUAUAUAAAUGAAGAGGAUGUUUAGAAUGAAAAUACUGUAUCUUUAGGAAGAAGAUCCUCUGCUGUCUGAUUCAAGGAGAAAAAAAGGAAACCUGAUGUAAGAAGAUAUUCUUAUGAUUUAUUAAUUGAUUAAUUGAUGAACGGUUAUUUCCAUAUGCACUUUGGCAGGUUUCAUAAAUGUGAUAUUCUCAUGAUAAAUUAUACGGAACCUUAUUUAACAGGAUCUGCGAUAAUAUGAAAUGAAUUCUAAGCAUUGUCUUUUUACAACUUUCAAUGAUUUAAGCUAAAAGGAACUAAAAUGAGUAACUUAUUACAAAUUAAUAAAUUAAUUAUUGUGCUGUGUGUGAUUCAUGUUUUGGAUGUAAUGCAAAAGUUCAAUCCAAGAAGAGACAGGUAUUAAGAUAAUCAUUCAGUUUCUGUAGGUUGGUCAUUGCAUAUAUUAUUGAAUGUAUGAAGCAAUAAAAUAUAUGACUAAAAGUUAAAGUUUUAAGGUUUAAGUUAAAUUUAAAGUAUUGCAUAUUUAUGAUACAGAGAUAUUUAUUCAAAUGUUUAAAGAUGUUGAAUUAAGUAAAUCUUUAAUAUUUUUCCAUGGGUACUGAAAGGGGUACUAAAAGGGAUCUUUAAAUACAUAUCGAAAGUAAACAUGAAAAAGUAAGAUAUCGAUGUGAUGCAUAUGAACUUGCUUUAACUACACAGCUCUUAAACUUCAUAUUCAGAAUGAACAUGAAGGAGUAAGAUAUCCUUGUGAUAAAUAAAAGUUCGCUGCAACUGCAGUAGGUUCUUUUGAGAUUCAUAUUGAAAGUAAACAUGGAGGAGUGAGAUAUCCUUUUGUUAAAUGUGAGUAUUUUGCAAGAACACCAAGAUGUAUAUUGAGAAUAAACAUGGAGCAAUUAGAAGACAUCCUUGUAAUAAUGUGAAUAUGCUACAACUACAGCUCACCAGCUACGGAAACAUGAAAACGCAUAUAAAGUAAACACUAAUCAAGAAAUUUAUAGAAGCGGACACAUUCCCAUUCAAUGAUAUUGUUGUGUCGGAGAGAUUUUAUUAUUAUUUGAUAUUGUUAAAUUACAUUUUUAUUUUCAGAAAAAAUGGCUGAAAACUUGGAGGACAAAAUAAAAAUGGAGAAUAUUGAGAUUAAAGAAGAGAUUCAGGAAGAUAUCCUUCCAUCCUCUACUGUAGAGGAUACAUGUACAGUUAUUAUAAAGGAGGAAGAUGUAAAGAACGAGUUUCUAGAUGUUAUUAUGGACAAUGAAGAAGAUCCUCUCAGUUUUGGGUCAACAAGAGCUGACUAUCCUUCAUCAUCUGAACCUAAAUACACCUGUGAUGAAUGUGAAUAUUCAACUUCUAAACGUUCAAACUUGAUGAAACACAUUGUAAGUAAACAGGAUGAAAAUCAAAUGUAUCCAUGUGAUAUGUGUGAGUACAAUGGAUCUUUUUUACAAGAUCUUAAAUUCCAUGUAAAGAGUAAUCAUGAAGGAGGGCCGUAUUCAUGUAAUAAAUGUGGAUUCGUUGCAAUUAACUCACUUUAUCUUAAAUUGCAUAUUGAGAGUAAGCAUGAAGGAGUGAGAGAGUCGAGAAGUAAGAAGAGAAAAUUGGAUAGAGGUAGAUAUCCUUGUGAUACAUGUGAGUUCGCUGCUUUUACAACAAGUCAUCUCAGACAGCAUAUUGAGUUGAAACAUGAAAGAGUGAGAUAUCCUUGUGAAAAAUGUGAGUUCGGUGCUUCUACAGUCAGUAAUCUCAAACAACAUAUUAAGGUUAAACACGAAGGAGUGAGAUAUUCUUGUGAAAAAUGUGAGUUCGCUGCUUCUACAGUAAGUAAUCUGAAACAACAUAUUGAGAUUAAACAUGAAGGAGUGAGAUAUCCAUGUAAUAAAUGUGAGUUCACUGCUUUUACAGACAGUAAUCUCAAACAACAUAUUAAGUUUAAACACCAAGGAGUGAGAUAUUCUUGUGAAAAAUGUGAGUUCGCUGCUUCUACAGUAAGUAAUCUCAAACAUCAUAUUAUGUUUAAACACCAAGGAGUGAGAUAUCCUUGUGAAAAAUGUGAGUUCGCCGCUUCUACAGCAGGCAAUCUGAAACAACAUAUUGAGAUUAAACAUGAAGGAGUGAGAUAUCCAUGUGAUAAAUGUGAGUUCGCUGCUUCUACAGUAAGUAAUCUCAAACAACAUAUUAAGUUUAAACACGAAGGAGUGAGAUAUCCUUGUGAUAAAUGUGAGUUCGCUGCUUCUACAGUAAGUAUUCUCAAAAAACAUAUUAAGGUUAAACACGAAGGAGUGAGAUAUCCUUGUGAUAAAUGUGAGUUCGCUGCUUCUACAGUAGGUGCUCUCAGACAACAUAUUGAGAGUAAACACGAUGGAGUGAGAUAUCCUUGUGAAAAAAUGUGAGCAUGCUGCAACUACAGCAAGCUCUCUUAAAAUUCACAUUGAGAUAAAACAUGAGGGAGAGAGAUAUCUUUGUGAUAAAUGUCAUUAUACUGCUACUGGAGCAGGUAAUCUUAGAAGACAUAAAAAUUGUAAGCAUGCAGGAGUAAGAUAUCUUUGUGAUUAAUGUGACUACGCUGCAACUGGACUAGAUGAUAAAGGUGAGUUUGCUGCAUAUACAGGAAUUACCCUCAAAUAACAUAUUGAGAUUAAACAUGAAGAAGUGAGAUAUACUUAUGAUAAAUGUGCUUUUGCUGCCUCUACAGUUAGUAAUCUGAAACAGCAUAUUCAGAGCAAACUUGAAGGAGUGAGAUGUCCCUGUGGAAAAUUCUGCAACUGUAGCAAGUAAUUUAAGUAAACAUAUGUUUAAACAUAAAUAAGUGAGAUAAUGUGAGUAAACUGCAACAACAGAUACCUCUCUAACAGUUUUUAUGAAGAAUAAACAUGACCUUUCCCCAGCCAUAACAACAUUUGUAUCCAAAAUUCAUAUCAUACCAUUUUAUAAUAAUUGUAUACUAAUCAUAUUUUCUCAUUUGUAUCCUUCCUCGGAUCAUUCGUACCCAUUUUACGUCAUACUUUCAUCAAAUUUGUAUAUAAAAUUGGAUUUGAUCAUUAGUGUCCUUCCAGUUGCGCUUACAGAUCAUUUUAUGCUGUCAUACAGUUUUAAACAGAGCGAUGCAUUCAUAUACAUUUCCAACCCCAACCCUUUCAAAUUUGCCUUAGGGAAUUUCUGAACAUUCUGGUUCUGGUCAAUUAAAAUUACACUAAAAUUACAAUCUUUUAUU